ACAAAUCCACCUAUGACCCCAGAAAUUGUUGGGCUCUUCGUCAACAAUAUUCACAUGGUCCCUGAUCUUUUGAGUUACGCUUAUGUGAAUAGUAUAUGGAAUAUGGCCGCCUUGCAGAAGCUCUACAGGGGCUCCCUGGACGACGUGCAAUUCCGCACACCUAACAUUAGAUUCCUUAAUUACCUCUUUGUGGCGUCAAGG